CCGUUCGCGAGGACAACCACGCUGCGUCGAUAAGCAACUAAACCGCACGAUUUCACUGUUUGUCGGAAUUACUCGUUAAUUUUUCAUAGUCAGUGUGCGCGUUUUAGGAGCCUUUCGUAUUCUAUCGUGACGUUAAAAGCAACAACCAGUGUGUCGUUCUCCGUUUGAUGCCCCGGAUUCAGCUCGGAUUAAUGUGCGAUCCCAACAAGUGAUAAUGGCCGGGGAUGUCCAAGUGCGACCGAAAAAGUGCAAAUUAGAUCAAAACAAGUGUGUUUCGCUUUCGGAUAUCCUUAUUUCCUUCAACGCUCCCAUCAGUGAAGAGCAUGCGUGGGCACUGUGCUAUCAAUGUGCCAAGUGUUUCAAACAAGGUUGGGAAAGUGAUCGCGACAAGUGUAAACUAGUGAGUGAAUUGGAUCAUGUGUUAAUUCACCAGGAUGGCCAUGUGCACUCAAACACUAUAUUCGCCGGUGGAGGAACACACAAUGAAGGUCCUCCUGGUGGGUCUUCGUCGGAACGAAGAAUACGAGUGCCAUCGGAGCAAAAAGUGAGUGGUCACUGAAUUCCAAGGUUCCAUUUACAACGUACCAUGAGAAGUAUUAUCUGAGUUUUCUCAUUCUCUUUCUGAGGAGGGAAUCCUCAAGGUAAGUGAAACGAAGGUAUGCUCGUCCCGACCCUUUCGGCCAAAACUCGGGUUUCGGCUCUCGCCGGCAGAGCUGUGGCGCGCGAUUUGAAUGUCAACAUUUUUGCAUCCUGGCCGAAAACAAACAUGGCAGCUGCUCUGCUGUGAGGUCGGUGUCUCGACGUAAACAAACAUUGUAUGAAAACUGAAAAGCUUUUGUGUUAUUUAUCAAAAUUGAUUUCUCCUCUCUUCUGA